CCCCCUUCGUGUUUUAGAAAGCCGGUUGUUGCGUCCGCAUCGCUAAGUAAAUAUUUAUAUUAAAAUCGACCGAAAUCGUUUGUUUUUAUUUUGCUUUCGCUUAUUCCACGCUGGAAUAGACCUCGAGCGGUCGUUUGCGGUUCGUCUCAGAAAUCAAAGCGCAUCGAUGAGAAAGGAUUUCCACAGCCGACCCAGCAACGUGGACGCCUGACACAGACCUCACCACACGACGGAUUUCGACACCCAACAUUGGAAUAAUCGCCAAGAAUUUGCAUUUCGGAUUAUAACAAGAUGCUCCUGUCGAAAUUAAACACGUUUGCUCACAUCUCCACCGUAGACAUGCCGGCGAAGAUCCAGCUUCAAGUGAAGGAGAAAGAGCCCUUCGAGAAGGUUUAUCAGGUCGGCUCUGUGCUCGGAAGCGGCGGUUUCGGGACGGUGUACGCGGGGUUGAGAGUCGCUGAUGGCGCGCCGGUUGCCAUUAAGCACGUUGCAAAAGAUCGCGUGACCGAAUGGGGAGAACUGCCCAAUGGCGCCCGUGUCCCUAUGGAGAUCGUCCUGUUGAAAAAAGUCGGCACCGGAUUCCGCGGCGUGAUCAAGAUGCUUGACUGGUACGAGCGGUCGGACAGUUUCAUCAUCGUCAUGGAGAGACCGGAGGUCGUCAAAGACCUGUUUGACUUCAUCACGGAGAAGGGCGCGUUACCCGAGGAGCUGGCCAGGAACUUUUUCCGCCAGGUUCUGGAAGCGGUGCGUCACUGCCACGCCAGCGGCGUCGUGCACCGCGACAUCAAAGACGAGAACAUUCUGAUCGAUUUACGAGGCGGCGAUCUGAAACUGAUCGACUUCGGAUCCGGGGCUUUGCUCAAAGACACCGUUUACACCGAUUUCGACGGUACUCGUGUUUACAGCCCACCAGAGUGGAUUAAAUUUCAUCGCUACCACGGUAGAUCUGCCACUGUGUGGUCUCUGGGCAUUCUGCUGUACGACAUGGUCUGCGGGGACAUCCCGUUCGAGCAAGACGAAGAGAUUGUACGUGGCCAGGUUCUGUUCAGGCGGAGAAUCUCCACAGAAUGCCAGCAGCUUAUCAAGUGGUGCUUGGCCAUCCGCCCUGCAGAGCGGCCGUCCUUUGAGGACAUAAUCAACCACCCGUGGAUGCAGAGCACAGCGCCAUCUACGGACGGCACGGAGAUCAGGCUCCACAGCAUCAGCCAUGAGCAUCAGUCUGCUGCUUUCACAACCGUCACUGUGUGCAAAUGACUUUGAACGCACAUGCAGAGACUUUCCAUUACAAUAGAAAGCCACCCGUGGAUCUCUGGAUCGAGCAGUGCAAAAAAAACAUGUUUAUCUUUUUGUUUUGAGCAUUGCUGCUGGGCGGGAGGGGGCCGUUCUAGGCUAGGCUAGGCUAGGCCAGGCCACCAAAGGAAGAGGCCCACCUUUAAGAUCUGUUGGGUCUUGUCUGCUGCUAACCCGCGGUUCAGGGUUCCAAAAGUCUGUCUUGUUGGAACCAGAUGACAACGGGUAGUUUGACCUCGACCGGUGUAGAGAAGCAGGGCGGACCAAGAUGAGCCGUGCUUGUUUUGAGGGCUAGCCAAUCUGCUGCGAGGUGGCGGCUACAGAAGCAGAUCAGCAGAGUUUAAUAAUUUUAGUGCCUUCUGUGCAAGAUCAAGUUUUUUUUUUUUGUGUGGAAAUACUUGAAUUGAGUUAAAGCCACUGUAACACUCGACUCCUUAACCAGAUGUCUUUUUAUUACCUUCAUGCUUCCACUUUACUUGCUUCGUGCAGGUAACUGUUGGGCUUACUCUGAUACGUAAAGAGUAAACAAAUCGACCUCACGAAACCUCUGCAGAACGAAAAGUCUUACCUCACUGUUUCAAUUAACCCUUUGAGUAUCUUUUCUUUUUACUGAGUAACCGUCAACAACUACCACUUGCUGUCACAGAUGCACAGAGCAAUGCAACUAUAACGUGAAAGACUACAUUUUCUGCUUUUUAAAUUUUUGUUUAUAAUGUAAAUAUGUUACGGCUUGUUCGGAUGACUCGAUUUCGAAGACAAGGCUUAUGUGUAAAUUAUAUUUAUUUGAGUGUCUUAAAAUGAAAGAUCGAAGUGGAAUUAUUUAUUUAUUUAUAGAUACUUUUUGCAGAAGAAUUUCUCAUUCCACCACUGAAGGGCCCACAAAUUAUUUAAAUGUAUUUUUACCAUAUUUAAAGCCUUUUCUUUUUGAGAAAGAUGUACAUAUGUAAAUAAUCCUCGAAAGCACUUCUGUUUCUCGAUGCAUGGUGUACUGAAUGUCUACUGAUGGUAAACGAUACCAGUCUGGUGUUGUCAUGUUCGCCAACUCAUCAAGACUGUCUGCUGUGCAUAUGUUGGAGGAAAUUACCUCGUGAAUGUUUGAGGACCGAAUGGUUAAAUUGUGUUUCCUUCACCUUUAGUAGGCAUAAAUGCAACCUGGAUUUUGUCUUUUUGUUUUAGCAAUAUCAAUUGUUUAGAAAGCUAUUUUUUUACACAAUUGUCAAUAAAUAUUUUUUUAACGUUCA